CGAGGCUAGCAACACUGCGGCGUGCAGCAAACUUCAGUCCCUUGUGCGGUACGACACGAGUGCGCCGCGUCACGCAUCACAAUGAAAGACGAUCUGAAUUUUUUGAUCGAAUUUAUUAAAGAAGUUGAGUCACAUCCGUGUUUGUACGACUGUGGCAAUAUUGAUUAUGUCAACAAACACGCAACGGAGACGGCAUGGGCUGAAAUUGCAAAGAAAUUACACGAAAGUGCUAUUGACUGCAAAACUAAAUGGAGAUCUACUAGAUCAAGUUACAUCCGAAGUCUUCAUCCAACUAAAGAUGGCCCGAAAAAAGAAUAUUACUUGGCCCCCUAUUUGGCCUUUUUAAAUCCGUUCAUUAGAUUCAGAUAUGAUGAAGAUGCUAUAAAUUCUUCUCCAAACCAACCUAUAGAAGUUUACAUUAGUGAUGGACAAAUCGAAGCCAAUUUGAAACAUGAAGAAGACGAGGAAGAAACAGAAACUGAGAAUAUCAAUGGCUCAAAGAUUCCACAUAAUCAAUAUUUAAAUACACGAAAGGAAACAACUCAUAGAAAGAAAAUAGCAAAGUUAAAGAGGAAUUCAAAUAAACAUUGCAUGAAUGAAGCUGAUAAUAGCCAUGUGGAAAAUGUUACUGAGUCUAUUGAAAGUGACCUAAAUAACGGAGACUCGUACGAACUUUACGUAAAAAGUUUACUUCCCCACUUAAGGUCUAUGACGGAGCGACAAUAUUUUGCUUUCCAAAGAGGCGUAAUAGAUCUUAUCGAGAAUAUUAAAUAUUCAGAUACUAGUAAAAGUUAAAAUGUAAUGGGCUAUUAAUAAAUUAUUGCAACUUAUGUUUUUCUUGUUUUAUAAUGAUUUAUUUUGUUUACGCGAAAGUUCGACAUCGUAAUAAAACUGGUUUUCGGGUUUUAUCGCGGUUUUUUGUAUUUUAAUUUUGUCUCGACGUUUUGAAGACUGCAGCCUUCAUGGUCACGAGGUGGACUGAGGUGUAGGUCGUCCGAAAAUUUCAACGUUACAAUGUCUACCAAUUUUUUUACAAUUAUAUAUAUUUUUUGAAACGUCUAGGGAGAGUUUAUUAAACUGCAAUAAAGCCGAAAG